AUGCCCGCGGCGAGUACAGUGAGUAUCUCCAACGCUAUCGUGUUUUGUCAGCAUAUCACUCAACUUUUCACAGGGGUCUAUAAGGUGAUCACCAUGGGCCGCACCCUGUACAUGCGCUUGAAUACUAUCGAAGAGGAACCGGAGCCGGAAGAGGUGCUUGGGGGCAAGGGCGCAUUCGCGGCGCCAUAUCCAUUCAAGCCCCAUGUGCCUACUCCGUACUUCACGCCCGAAUUCUUCUUCGAUCCAAACUCGCCACCGUCGACGCCGAGCCCGCUGGAAAUUGCCAUGUGUAUCGCGCACAGGGUUCCAGUCCGGUGGAGGCGUCCGGUGCCCCCUGCACCACGGGUGACGCCCGUCAAAGCAUUCCCAGCCUUCCUGGACCACACCCCGUCAUCCAGCCAGGCUUGGGCCAAUAUGCUCAGGAUGCAGUUGGAGAGCGAUGGAUUCCAUCGUAGCCGUCAUGUCGGGCUGGGGUUCGACAUCCCGGAACUUUCAGAUCGGUCGCUUCACAUGAGCUUGGAGCGCCCGCCAGUUCCCGACCUGCGAUCCCGGCCUACAAUUUUGACAUGUUAG